CAUUGGUACAUUUUGACUGAAAAUAUGUUAUGACCUGCAGUUUGGUGUGGCUCUGCACCUGAUUUCCAUUUUUUCCCGUUGAUGUUGCUAGCAUGGAGGCUCGGUUUGCUCGCUAUGAUGAGGUUUGCAUCGAGAAACUGAGAGUAAUUCACGUGGAUAAGGAUAAAAUCGUGGGAGUGUUAUAUAAUGGGGCGGAAUUGAAGGAGCUGAGGGACCACCUUUAUCAGCUGAAUUUCUGGUUUUCUACGCGGAAUGUCGAGAAAUAUAGUGAAACAAAAGACAGUAUCCACUGGGUCCUCCCCAAAUUGCAAGGUGCUCCUCCUCAGGGUGUGAGUUUAGAUGACCAUGCUCCCUUCAUAAUCAAUCGGGUUGUGAACAAGGACUGCAGGAGAGGGCGAGCAUACUGGAAGAGAAAGAACUCUGUGCCUGUAAAAGAAGAGGUUAUUAUUGAAGUAGAUGAACCUCCAAAGAAGAAGAGAAAAGAGUACGGCACAAUAAAAAAUGAUUGCCCAGCUAGGAUGAGCAUUAGAACCAUAAAGGCAUUUCCUGAUUUUGCUGUGAGGCCAGAGUCAAGCAAAAAAAUAAAGAGCAAGUUUGCAAAGCUGCUGAAGCAGGCCAUUAAGAGAGGAGAUGUGAAGGGUGAAGAGAGAUUCGUAGUUGCCAUUAGCCGAGGAGGCCACCAUCAGAAUCAUCUGAAUGAAGUGGAUGAGGAAAGGUCAUUACCAGUGCAUCCUGAAAUUGUGGAGUAUAUUACAAAGCUUGUGACUGAAGAAAAUGUGAAUUCUCCAAAAACAAUAAAAAGUUUGGUUGCUGAAUUUGUAAGAGAGAAUUUCAGUUUAAGUGAAGCAUCAAGUGGAAACAGAUGCUAUUAUCCCAUGAUAAAAGACAUACGAACAAUUUUGAGAGGGAUUAUGUGUAAUGUAACACCAAGGAAAAUUAAAGUAGAGCAUGUUACAAACCCAGAAGUUGAGUGUGUCAUCACCACAAAGACAGAAGUUCUUGAUGAUGAUUUGUUAAAUGAAGAUGAAAGUGAACACCAAGUCAUCAGCCUAACUGAAGGCUAUCUCACCUUGCAUUUCAUGAAGGAAUCUCCUGACGAAAUGGACGUAUCGACGCACUUUGUGUCAGCUCCUGAAGUGGAAACUCAUCUCAAUGUGACACCAGAGAUAGAAGAGGAAGAGAGUUUACAUGCGCAAAUUAAUGAAGACAGAGCAAGUCUCAUGUCAGCUUUAGAAGAAGUCGUGAAUUUAGCUGCAGAAGCUGAUAACCGGAUAGCCAUUCAAGAGGCAUAUGAAUAUGUUAAGAGAGCAGCAUUUCUGUUACAGACAUCCUUAGAUGGCAAUAGAUAAUUUUAUUCACACACAUUGGAAAGCAUUGUUUUAGGGAAAACAUUUUCUAUUAUAGAGCUAACUACUGGUUAAGCGUGUACAGUCAUUACUUCUUUUGUAUAAGAAUUCUUAAAAGAAGGAUUUUGUAUUGAAAGCUUUUGUAUAGUUACACAUACCAUAAUUAGUAUAUAGUACAAUGAUUUAAACACUACUAAUUUAAUUUAUUGUUAUAUGAGUGUUUUGGGGUGAUGAAUGUACUCAACUGUGCUCAAUCCAUAUGCAUUUGUCAUGAACCAUGACUAUUUAGUCAAGUUUAUCAAGUUUAUAUAAAGUUAUUGAAAUAA